AUGGCGUGGCAGGGGGUGGCGACCGAGUUCCUGCAGGUGCCGGCGGUGACGCGGACCUACACCACAGCCUGCGUCCUCACCACCGCCGCCGUGCAGCUGGAGCUCCUCAGCCCCUUCCAGCUCUACUUCAAUCCGCACCUCGUGUUCCGGAAGUUCCAGGUCUGGAGGCUCGUCACCAACUUCCUCUUCUUCGGGCCCCUGGGAUUCAGCUUCUUCUUCAACAUGCUCUUCGUGUUUCGCUACUGCCGUCUGCUGGAGGAGGGCUCCUUCCGCGGCCGCACGGCCGACUUCGUCUUCAUGUUUCUCUUUGGGGGUGUCCUUAUGAUCCUGCUGGGGCUCCUGGGCAGCCUCUUCUUCCUGGGCCAGGCCCUCACAGCCAUGCUGGUAUACGUAUGGAGCCGCCGCAGCCCCCGGGUGAGGGUCAACUUCUUCGGCCUCCUCACCUUCCAGGCGCCAUUCCUGCCCUGGGCGCUCAUGGGCUUCUCAAUGCUGCUGGGCAACUCAAUCCUCGUGGACCUCCUGGGGAUUGUCGUGGGCCACAUCUACUACUUCCUGGAGGAUGUCUUCCCCAACCAGCCUGGCGGCAAGAGGCUGCUGCUGACCCCUGGCUUCCUGAAGCUGCUACUGGAUGCCCCAGAGGAGGACCCCAAUUACCUGCCCCUCCCUGAGGAGCAGCCAGGACCCCUGCAGCAGUGA